AUGGAUGCUGCGUUAGAUGAUCUUGAAUGUGUCAUACAAUAUAUUCGUAAGGAUCUUGGUUUCACUAGGCCAUUAGUAAUUUAUGCACAUGGCACUGGAUGUAACAAUUGUCUUGCUCAUAUACUUCAACGACGGGAGUCCCGACUGGACUCUCAAGCUAUGAUAUUAAGUACGCCAUCAAUAUAUCUUAAAGAACGUCCUACAUUCCUCGCGUUUUUAGCCUCGCGAGUUUUUGCGACUUUGAGUCCUCGUCUUCGUCUCCCUGUCAAUGGAAACUACUCAAAUGAGUACACUAAUGAUAAAGAAAUAGUUGAAGCAUAUAGAACCGAUGAACUUGUUCAUGAUCGAUGGCCUGCACAAACUAUUUCCGUAUUACUCAAAUUAGGUAAGUUAUUAGAAACAACUGUGGUUCAAUUUCCAAUACCGGUGAUGAUUCAACACGGUACUGAUGAUAAGAUUACACCAAUCGAAAAGAUUCAAAAAUGGGCACAAGAGCGAGUAAAGGGUGAUGAUGUGACGUUCAAAAGCUGGCCAGGGCACUAUCAUGAAAUACAUAAUGAUAUGGGCAGAGAAGAUAUUUUUAAUCAUGCAUUGGAAUGGAUCGAAAAGCGUUUCAAAAUUGAACAGAAUUGA